AUGGAUGCUUUGGAAAAUUGUUUGCUUCUUUAUUGGCAAAUAUGGAAAAACCGUAAUGAUGUUUUGUUCAAGGACUCGGGGUUCAGUCCGGCUUCUGUAGUGCAUGCUUUAGCCUCCUUUUAUGCUGCCUACAUGACCCAUAAUCCCCGUUCUGCUACGACUUCCAAUAGCUUAAGUGAAGUCAUUAAAUGGCACCGGCCGCCUGAAAACUUGGUCAAGCUCAACUUUGAUGGGUCUGUUUCUUCUUCUAACCUGGCUGCUGCGGGCUUUGUUAUUAGAAACUACUUUGAUGACCCCAUUGUAGCUGGUUCGAGGUCAAUUGGAUCUUCAACGGUUCCUUUGGCUGAAUGUACAACUCUAAAGGAUGGCCUGUUAGCUGCUAAGCAAUUCAACCUGGGCCAUAUUUUAGUGGAGGGUGACUCGUCCCUAAUCAUCAACUGUGUCAACCUCCAGUGUGAAGAUCCUUGGAUGUUAAAUUCUCUCCUCAAAGACAUAGCUUCUAUUGCUAAUUCCUUCGCAAACAUUGAUUUGAGCGUUUUUCAUUCCCCUAUCGCGUACCAAUCAACACGGUCAUCAAAUAUGGGAAGUAUUUACGUCCCGGUUUAUUGUACCUCGGGGAUUACGAGCUAG